CUUCCCCUCAGGGGCUGGGGGCUGGGAGCGGGCGGUCCCCUCCGCCCCCGGCGGCCGCUGUUGCCCGGCGCGCGCGCUCGCUGGUGACUCCGGGCUGCAGUCCUGAGAGAGCGGUGCCUGGGCUCACAGCUCCGCCGCGCAGAGCGCUCGAGUCCCCGCCGCGACGUGCCACUGUUCCCGCCCCGCGCCUUUGCCGGCCAGGCCAUGAGGGUCCUGGGUGGGCGCUGCAGGGCGCUGCUGGCGUGCCUCGCCCUAGUGGUUCCCGUCGCAGAGGCAAACUUUUUGUCAAAACAACAUGCUUCACAAGUCCUGGUUAGGAAGCGUCGGGCAAAUCAUGGGAUUGAAGAAUUCCAAAAGGGCAACCUUGAAAGAGAAUGCAUCGAAGAAGUGUGCAAUAGAGAAGAAGCUCGGGAGAUCUUUGAAAAUAACCCUGAAACGGACUAUUUUUAUCCAAAAUAUUUAGGUUGUCUUAGCUCUUUCCGCAUUGGAUUAUUUAGUGCUGCACAUGAGUCAACUAAAGCUAACUCUGACCUAAGGAGCUGUGUCAAUGCCAUUCCUGACCAGUGUGAUCCUCUGCCAUGCAACAAAGAUGGAUAUUGGAGCUGCAAAGAUGGCCAAGCUUCAUUUACUUGCAUUUGUAGACCAGGUUGGCGAGGAGACAAGUGUGAAUUUGAUAUAAAUGAAUGCGAAAAUCCCUCAAAUAAGAAUGGACUUUGCAGUCAGAUUUGUGUCAAUACACCUGGGAGUUACCACUGUUCCUGUAAAAGUGGUUUUAUUAUGCUUUCAAAUAAAAAGGACUGCAGAGAUGUGGAUGAAUGUUUUGUGAAGCCAGACAUUUGUGGCACAGCUGUGUGCAAGAACAUUCCAGGAGACUUUGAAUGUGAAUGCCCUGAAGGCUACAGAUAUGAUCCCACAUCAAAGUCUUGUGCAGAUGUGGAUGAAUGCUCGGAGAACAUGUGUGCUCAACUUUGUGUCAAUUACCCUGGAGGUUAUUCUUGUUAUUGUGACGGGAAGAAAGGAUUCAAACUUGCCCCAGAUCAGAAGAGUUGUGAGGCGGUUCCAGUGUGCCUCCCCUUGAACCUUGACAAAAAUUAUGAACUACUUUACUUGGCAGAGCAAUUUGUAGGGGUUGUUUUAUAUCUAAAGUUUCGCCUGCCAGAUGUUACCAGAUUUUCAGCCAAAUUUGAUUUCCGGACAUUUGAUUCAGAAGGUGUUAUCCUGUAUGCAGAAUCUCUUGAUCACUCAGCUUGGUUCCUGAUUGCACUUCGUGAUGGAAAGAUUGAAAUUCAGAUUAAGAAUGAAGACACAACCCAAGUCACAACUGGAGGCAAAGUUAUUAAUAAUGGUCUAUGGAAUAUGGUCUCUGUGGAAGAAUUAGAACACAGUAUUAGUGUGAAAAUAGCUAAAGAAGCAGUAAUGAAUAUAAAUAAACCCCAGAGCAUUUUCAAGCCUACAAGUGGAUUUCUAGAAACCAAAGUAUACUUUGCAGGAUUACCUCAGAAAAUGGAGAACACACUCAUUAAACCGAUUAAUCCUCGUCUAGAUGGUUGUAUACGAGGCUGGAAUUUGAUGAAUCAAGGCGCUUCAGGAGUAGAGGAAAUUAUUCAAGAAAAACAAAAUAAGCAUUGUUUUGUCAAUGUGGAGAAGGGUUCCUACUAUCCUGGUUCUGGAGUUGCUCUAUUUAGCAUAGAUUAUAAUAAUAUAUCCAAUCAUGAGGCUUGGCAAGUAAAUGUGACCUUGAAUAUUCGCCCAUCCACGGGCACUGGUGUUAUAUUUGCCUUGGUUUCUGGUAACACAGUGCCCUUUGCCUUGUCUUUGGUGGACUCCACCUCUGAAAAGCUUCAGGAUAUCCUUGUAUCUGUUGAAAAUAUGGUAAUAUCUCGGAUAGAGGCUAUAAAUCUGUGUUCCAGUGAACAAUACCAUUUGGAACUCAGAGUCAACAGAAAAUCCUUGGAGCUGUCAACUCCAGGUAAAAAAGAUAUCAUCUACUCUGAAGACCUUCAAAGACAAUUUGCCAUCUUGGACAAAGCAAUGGAAGGCACUGUGGCCACUUACCUGGGUGGCCUUCCAGAUGUUCCAUUCAAUGCAACACCAGUGAAUGCCUUUUAUAAUGGCUGCAUGGAAGUGAACAUUAAUGGUGCACACUUGGAUCUGGAUGAAGCUGUUUCUAAACAUAAUGACAUUAGAGCUCACUCAUGUCCAUCAGUUUUGUAAAACAACAUGAGUACUUAAGGCAUCUUUUCUCUGCUGAUAAUAUCUUUUUUCCUGGGUGUAAUUAUACUUAUGUUUCAAUAAUAGUUGAAGGGUUUUACUUAUGAUGUGCAGAUCUUGAUUAUUUUAUGGUAUUUUUUACCUUAAAAUGUUAAAAAGGUCCUUUUUCAAGAAAACGAGAUUCUCUGGUGAUAUAAAUCACAUUAAAAAUUCUUACCUCUGUUGCUGUCCAGAAAUUAAAUAAUGAAACACAGAGAGAAUUUUAAUUUGAAGUUUUUGCUAAAAAUGACAUUUCUUAAUUUUUAUGUUUGUGAAAGUAAAAUUUAAUUUCAUCAUCAUAAACUAGUGUUUAAAUAUCUAUUUUUCUCAGAAGGCAAGGCAGUAAACCCAAACAAAAGUUCAUGUGACUAAGUACCGUUGAUCAUGCCAGGUACUAUUUUAUGUGUUUUUGUUUCUUCCUAAUGAAGGCAGAAGACAGUGGCCUAUUAAUUUGAAUUGAGUGGAAGGCCUUAAAGUUUUAUUCCAAAACAGUCCCUCAGGAGGACCAAUGUUGGCUUCAUCUUUCUUUCACUUGGCUUCACAUUUGAAACAGUAGUUUUACUGAAUUAAAAAAAACAAGUGGUACACAUUUUCAUGACAAUAGCACAGGAAUCUUGCUGAUUAGUAUUUGGACUCUGUGAGGAUGAGAUACUAAAUUGUGUUGGGAUGUGUGUGGAUACCUGGGAAGGGGACGUUCCUUCAGUUUGACUGUGUGGAUCACAAAAGUCUAGAUUAGAAAGGGCAGAACCUAAGGAUGGAAAGAAGGAAUAAUAUGGAAUUUCAUUGUUUUCCUUGAACUCAACUUUAAUUACCAGAGUAGGUUGCCAGAAUGUGAUUGUUGAAGGACAAAAGGAAGUAUGAAAACUAGAACAGACUUUCAUCAAAGGACAACCACAGAGGGACACAGUUAAUAUUGUGUCUUUGUAACGUGUCUUUGAAGUAGGUAAGAUUGCUACCUACUAGCUGGUAAUGCAUUUCAAGUGGCAGUUUUAUCACUCCUCACCCUGCCAAUCACAUUAGGCAUGUAUCAGAUGUUUCACUGAGUUUUAGAAAAUAAAUUUUUUUCCACUAUAGAUAUUUUACAUCAUGUAAAACAUAAUAAAUUGGUGUAUAUUUUUAAAAUGUAUGUGACUAAUGUCUAUAUUAAAUCUUUGACUAGAACAUAAAAUUAUAUAACAUAUGUGUAACUCUACAUGCAACACAGUUGUUCUUUAGUUGAAUAUUUGAUGAAUUAUUAUGGCUAUUAGACCCCAGCUCAUAAAGGGAAGAAAAGCAAAAGUAACAUGUAUUGAGUAUUUGAUGUGUGCCAGAAAUUGUGCUAGAUCAUCUCACUGAAUGUAAUUUCUCUCCCAAUUGCCACCAUGUAGUGUGGGUGAUGAAUUUCAGCAAGCAACUACUGAUAAUUGUGUGGAUGUAAAAAAGCAAGGAAACAGAAAAACUAA